AUGCAUAAUCAGAGCUCUCAGAAUACCAGCUCUUCGAGUUCUGGCCCGUCCAUCAGUGGACAGGCGAGCCAGGUCUACCAGGAUGUGCGCUCUCCUUACCCGCCCGUCUACAACCAAGCCACCAAGACUCCCAUUCGUGAUGGGAACUCAUCCGGUCCGGCAAUUUACAACGGCUCAAACAUGCAAAGCCAGCGUAGCAAGUUUGCUUCCAAGUCUGCUGCUCCCCUUGCAGUGAGCUCUCCCCUCGCAGUGAACUCUAACCUAGACUGGUCGGCCGCAAACCGUGCCGCUUACAACGGUCCGCUGGUUAUUGUGCCCCCCUUGAACCCUCCGAACUAUUUCGGUGGCUACUCACAGAUGCCCUCAUUUGUGACCAGUCCCAUCACUGGACAGGCUGAUCAAGUGAGCCAGUUUCCUUAUGUGCAGACAAACCUGUACCAGAGUCUUGGUUCGAUGAUCCCCGGUCCCUACUCCUUCCCAUACGUGGUGAACUAUGACUCGCAGGACAACAAACAAAGUGUCUGGAGCCAAAUCGAUCAGAAGGGAGCCCAGAAUGAAAACGCUGGCUUCAACCAGUACUAUCCGACACCCUAUGUGUCUACUCUGGACGGUGCCUCAUUCUCCGGCUAUUCCUAUGCAAACAUGCUUCCACAGGUUGGUCCCCUCUCAGUGCCAUUCCAAAUGAUGAAGACCACCAAUGGAUACGUUGUCCAGGACCUGGACAUCAUCACUCAACAGGACCCUGCCAUUCCUCGUGCUGUCCCAGCUAUGUGGACCAAUCCCUCCGAGUUGACUCUUGCCAAGUGCCUGGAGAACCGUGAAGGAAUCACCAACGUCUACAUCCGAGGCUUCCUCCCGGAGACUACCGACGACAUGCUUUAUGCGUACGCGGUUCGGUUCGGUAAGAUCGAGCGCUGCAAGGCCAUCGUCGACCUGGACACUGGUCUUUGCAAAGGAUUCGGCUUCGUGCAGUAUUACAGUUUCGAAUCCUGUGAGAACUGCAUCCGGGGCUUCUUCUAUCUGGGCUACCAAGCCAGUUUCGCUCAGAAGUCCCGGAAUUCGCGCCUGAAGGACCUCGAAGACAGAGCGUCUACUAACAUCUAUUGCACCAACAUUCCUAUCGACUGGACUGAAGCAGACCUUCGCCGCCACUUCGAGCCCUACCGCGUGGUCUCCGAGAAGAUCAGUCGCGAUGACAAGACCGGUGUGAGCAAGGAAGUUGGCUUCGCACGAUUCGAGAGCCGUGAAAUUGCGGAGCGAGUUCUGGGCGAGUUCCACAACAACACAGUGACGGAGAACAAUGUAAAGCUGUUGCUGCGAUUCGCGGAUACCAAGGCUCAGAAAAUGCUGAAGCAACAAAGCAAUGAACGUCGUGCAUACCGCGCCGGGGAGUAUAAUUACUCCGUUGAGGUUGUGCAAAAUACCCCCUCGCCCUCUAUGCAGCGCAUUCAGCAAGUUGGUCCCCUCCUGACGCCCAACUCUCAGAAGAGUAUGGUUUCACCUACUGGUCCUGAGAGCUGGACUCCUGCAACGACUGUCUCCCCUACUUUUGCCAUGAUUGGAGACUCGAACAGUGCUCGCAACAAUUCAAUUUCCUCUCGUUCCCUCAAUGCUCUCGAAAGUACCCCUGUGGAUCGUCGCCGACACUUCGCAAACCGUCGGUCUAUGACCGAUAUCUCCGCUGGGUCUUCCAAGACCGUCGUUCCUGAGUCUCCUACUCUUGAGACUCGAUCAUACAUGUCUAGCCCUCAAAAGGAAAACAUCAAGGCUGGCAGUAUGUCUCCCUUUCCGUCCCGUCUGGAGACCAUGACACCCGCCUCGGUGGUGUAA